AUGCCACUCUUUGUCACUUUUCUUUUUGUGUCACUCUUUCUCGCCUUCUCUUAUGUCACCUUUUUAUGUAAUUUUUUUUCUCGCCUGCAAUGUUCACGUCACUCUUUCACACUUUUUAUGUCCCUCUUUCUCACCUUCUCUUUUUAUGUCACUCUUUCUUGCCUUCUCUUCAUCAUGUUACUUUUUCUCGCCUUCUCUUUUUCAUAUGAUUCUUUCUCGCCUUAUCUGUAUUAUAUCAUUCUUUCUCACCUUCUAAUUAUAUGUCACUCUUUCUCGCCAUCUCCUUUUACGUCAUUCUUUCUCGCCUUCUCUUUAUGUCACUCUCUCUCUCUCACCUUCUCUUUUUAUGUCAUGUUUUAUCACCUUCUCAUUAUUUUUUACUCGUUCUCGCCUUCUCUUUUUAUGUCACUCUUUCUUUCUUUUCUCUUUCUUAUAUUCCAUUCUCCGCCUUCUCAGUUUUUAAUAUCACCAUUUCUCCAUCAUUUCUAA